UAAUGACAAACACGCAUGCGCUGAAACGACGUCAGUCUGUCAGUAAACUUUCACUUUUCGCAGAUCUACGUGUCUGUACAGCUUUCCACCGAAAACUAGAAUAGAUAAAGAACAACAUAACCAUUAGCAUCAAACUGUAUUUGAUGGGAUGUAAGGUGUGAGGAUAUAUUCGCAGGUUAAACCUUCUUGCUUGAACGCUAAAUGAGAAAACCAACCGUAACAACACGGUUAGCUCAAGCUGAAGCAACAAUGUACUGACAUUUAAAGUAAGCUAGCUAACUGUCAUCAGUCGACUGUGAUUUCCAGGACAGGUUUCCAGCAGACUACCUCUGUUGCCCAGCUGCUCCACCAGACCUCACACUAUGGAGCGGACUGCACUCAAACAGAGCCAGCUGUGUGGCUCCUGGGAAAUGAAGGAGAAACUUGGGAUGGGAGGCUUUGGUCAUGUCUACCUGUACCAUCAUCUUGAGUCUGGAGAGAAGGUUGCAGUGAAACUAUGCCGCCUGGAGCUGAACUCCAAGAACAAAGACCGGUGGAGCAGGGAGAUUGAGAUCAUGAAGAAGCUGAACCAUGUGAAUGUGGUUCAGGCCAGAGAAGUUCCAGAAGAGUUGAGCUCCAUUGCUUUAAAUGACUUACCUCUGUUGGCUAUGGAGUACUGCUCAAGAGGAGACCUACGCAAGAUGUUGAAUAAACCAGAAAAUUGCUGUGGGCUAAAGGAGAGUGAAGUCCUCUCACUGCUCACUGACAUUGGUUCUGGUAUCCAGUAUCUCCAUGAAAAUAAGAUAAUUCACAGAGACAUCAAGCCAGAGAACAUAGUUCUGCAGGAGAUUGAUGGGAAGCUUGUCCAUAAGCUCAUAGAUCUGGGUUAUGCAAAAGACCUGGAUCAGGGUAGUCUCUGUACAUCCUUUGUUGGAACCCUCCAGUAUCUGGCUCCGGAGCUGUUUGAGAGUAAACCCUAUACUGUAACUGUGGAUUACUGGAGCUUUGGGACGGUGAUCUUUGAAUGUGCUUGUGGCUUUCGCCCCUUUUUGCACCACAUGCAGCCUGUACAGUGGACAAGUAAAGUCAAGAACAAAGGUCCCAAAGACAUCAUGGCAGUGGAGGACAUGAAUGGAGAAGUCAGAUUCUCUACACACCUCCCAUAUCCCAACAAUCUCAGCAGGCCACUGCUGGAACCUAUCGAGUCGCUUCUUCAAAUGUUGUUACUGUGGGACUCCGCAUCACGUGGUGGUGGACUGGAUCCGGUCACAAACAAGCCAUUUUGCUACACGGCUUUACAGAAUAUUCACAACAUGAAGGUGAUUCAUGUGUUGGACAUGACGUCAGCCCAGCUGCACUCUUUGGUUUUGGGUGCUGAGGAGAGCUUACACUCCCUGCAGCUACGUCUGGAGACACACACUCAGACGCACAUCUCCCCGCUGAGUCAAGAGCUGUUGCUGGAAACCGGAAUCUCCCUCGACCCACGCAGACCGCCCUCACACUGUCUGCCAGAUGGAUUGCAAGGCUGCGAUAGCUCCAUAGUUUUCCUGUUCGAUAAGAGCCUGAUCAAGUACUCUGGACCACUGACUGCCAGACCUCUGCCAGACAGUGUCAACUUUAUUGUAAGGGAGACAAAGACGCAACUCCCACUGUCUGCACUGAGAAAGGUGUGGGGGGAAGCAGUCAGCUAUAUCUGUGGACUGAAAGAGGACUACAUCCGCCUGUACCGGGGACAGAGGGCUGCUAUACUGAGUCUGCUGCGUUAUAACACCAACUUAACGCGAUACAAGAACCUGCUGUUCUCCCAGUCGCAACAGCUCCAAGCAAAACUGGCUUUUUUUAAGACCAGCAUCCAGCACGACCUGCAGCAAUACACCAAGCAGAGACACACUGGCAUCUCUUCAGAAAAAUUGCUGAAGACCUGGCAGGAAAAUGAAGAGAAGGCUGAUGAGUUUAUGAAGGUUGCAGAUGUGGGGUAUCUGGAUGAAGAGAUAGUGGCUGUACAUUUUGAGAUUGUGGAGCUGCAGAGGAGCCCAUUUGCAAGGAGACAGGGGGAUGUAAUGGAACAGCUUGAGCAAAAUGCGAUUGAACUCUACAAGCAACUGAAAGCUAAGUGCAAAAGUCCUGACCCACCACAUGGCUACAGUGACAGCUCCGACAUGGUGAAGACCAUACUACAAACAGUUCAGAACCAAGACAGGGUGCUGAAAGACUUGUACACUCACCUGAGUACAAUUCUGGUAUGUAAGCGUCGCAUUGUUGAUUUGUUCCCUAAGUUGGAGAGGGCAGUAGAGAACAUAAAAACUGCGGAGGCAGCAGUGAUGCAGAUGCAAAUGAAGAGACAGAAAGAGUUCUGGUACCUCCUCAAGAUUGCCUGUGCCCAAGGCAGUUCUCCAUCACAGUCACUUAUGCAACAACCACCUGACAGUGAAACUGUUCAUCAAUUACUGGAUGAGAAUCAGCGUUAUCUGAGUCAGCUAACGUCUCUGCUGCAAGACACUACGCAGGAGAUGGAGCACAGUGUCAUGGAGCAGGACUGGAGCUGGACUCAGUAUGAAGCAGUGAAAGCCCAUCCCCAGGAGCUGUAAAAGCCAA